AUGCAGACCGCUUCCGGCACUCAAGAUUCUCCCUGCAAGGAGAAAGCCGCUCGUCGAAAGGAGCGCAAGGCCGCCAAGAAACGGAACAAACGGCAGUUGCAAAAUAGCAAAAAGUGCGCCGAGCAGGCCGGUCCACCGCCCCAAACAGCCUCCGACGUCAACCCUGAUGUCAAGAAGGAGCAGCUCGAUAGCCCUACCAAUACACUUCCCAUCACGGACCCCGAUUCCGAGAGCGAGUGGGAGGGCUUCCCUGACCCGCCCGCCCCUGCCGCGCACAUCUCAUCUCCCACCUCCGAGGCGGACACUGUCAACCUUGAAGAUGCGGACAAUGAGGACCCUGGCAGCGAGGGGGACCCUGACAGCAACGACUUUGACGACCUACCCGCGAUCGAGGGGAAGAACGGCAUCAGUGCUCUGCAGGAGAGCAUCGCGCACCAAUUUCCUGGCGACCCCCGCCCCGCCACGCACGCCCUGCGCGACCUUCUCGACCCGGAGCUCACCAAGGAGCUCGGCGGCGUCCGCGGCCCCUCACAGCCGGGCCUCCACACCGCCGACCAGCUCGCCGUCGCCACGCGCCUCUGGUUCCGGAAGCGCAGGAACAAGAACGUGGUAAUGGGCAUCGUCUUCAAGAACGGGGACCCCGUGGUCGACGCCGCCGGCGAUCGCCGCAACGCCAAGAUCCUUUGGGUGGAAUUUAGGGGCGUCAGUGUACCCCGUCAAGGUCAGGGCCUGAAGGUCAACAGCUUCCUGGGGUUGCCCGUGGUACCGGCCAAAGUCCGCGAGGAUAGCAAGAAGUAUCUGGUAACCGGUGGCUGGCGUUAGGGAAUGAUGGAAUCGUCAGUAGGCGGCGGAUGUCUAGUGACGCGGCACAGGACGCGUAUGGCAGAUCGACGAUGGUUCCAAUGGAGGGGAUUGUGUUACUUUCGCGUGUCUAUCUGUAUCCUUUUCUACGUAAACUUCGAAAGUCAGACGGAAAGGGACAGUCGGUAUCAAACCAGAUUAGUAGCUCUCAACUCAACAAGUCACCAAGAGUGUGGCACUAGAUCCGACAUGGCAUUGCAGUAAUCCUGCUCUCAAUUCAUCCCAUGUCGCUAUGCAGUACUGAGGUGGUCUUCUGUUCUCUGUUCCCUUCGCGCCAAAAAAGAAGGCGGGAUUAUCGCCGUAAUCGCCUUAUCCUCUCCUCCCUCCCUCCCUCCCCUCCCGGACUCUGUCAUUCGUGGUAUCAUGAGCAAACAAAAAAUCGCUUUUUGGUGCCGCCCCUCCCCCCUUCUCUCAUAUAUUUUUUUUGGCUCCAGUUUCUGUCUUUGGUUUUCUUCUUCGUCUUCUUCUUCAUUUUCUUCUCGCGCCAUUGUUGCCCCCCCACACCAUAAAACAUUCCUUCCAAUAUAUAGAAAGUGGUAAUAUCCCCCCCGGGAAAGAAUACUGUGUCUUUAGAAAGGUGUCGCAUCCUUGAGGAUGCUCUCAUCGUUUCGCUUGAUUCGACAACCUCGAACACCGUCUAUUCAAUCAUGUCACAUUAUGCAGAAUAUCAACAUCCUGCGUAAAAUCUUCGUUCGCUCGGGGUUGUUCCGCAUCCACAAGGUAGCCCCUUUCCAGAGUCGAUCCUGUCAUUGGCUCGAACGCCU